AAACAGCUCGUCAACCACCUCUGUAGCUUGCUAGACAACAUAGCAGAACGAUUCAACCUAUUUAUACGCUUUCUGUCUAUAUUAGCUACUGUGUUUUAGACACACUUCUGUUGUAUCUACUUGUUAACCUAUUUAAUUUAAUAUUACGUUAUUUUGUAUUAGUCAGCUAUAGUAUCUGGCCUGUUAAGUUAGCACUAGCCUAGUCGCUAAUGAUAGCUAGCUAACAUCCCCGACCAUGAGCUCCCUAAACUUCUCCCCUCCUGUUAAAGAAGAGGUUUGCUGGACGGAGAAAGAAGCUCUGGGGCUGAACAUUAUCGUGAAAGAGGAAAAGGAAGAAGAGGAUGUCACAGUAAAACAAGAAGUAGAGGGUGAGGCUGUGACAGUGAAAGAAGAAGAGAAAGACGUUUCAGUGAAAGAAGAGGAGGAAGAGAAAGGGGAGGAUGCAGUUUUUGGAGUGAAGAUGGAAGGGGAAAUUACUGUCACAUUGAAAGAUGAAGAGGUGGAGAUAGGAGAUCUGAUUAACACCAAUCUCCUCCAGAGCAGUGAUGUUUUGGGGCUGUUCCUGGGCAACACGGACUUACAACUCCCUCCAAAGAUUUUCUAUGGGGUUGAGAUCUGGAGACUGGCUAGGCCACUCCAGGACCUUGAAAUGCUUCUUACGAAGCCACUCCUGGGCGGUGUGUUUGGGAUGAUUGUCAUGCUGAAAGACCCUGCCAUGUUUCAUCUUCAAUGCCCUUGCUGAUGGAAGGUGGUUUUCACUCAAAAUCUCACGAUACAUGGCCCCAUUUAUUCUUUCCUUUACACGGAUCAGUCGUCCUGGUCCCUUUGCAGAAAAACAGCCCCAAAAAGCAUGAUGUUUCCACCCCCAUGCUUCACAGUAGGUAUGGUGUUCUUUGGAUGCAACUCAGCAUUGUUUGUCCUCCAAACACGACGAGUUGAGUUUUUACCAAAAAGUUAUAUUUUUGUUUCAUCUGACCAUAUGACAUAUGACAUUCUCCCAAUCUUCUUCUGGAUCAUCCACAUGCUCUCUAGCAAACUUCAGACGGGCCUGGACAUGUACUGGCUUAAGAAGGGGGACAUGUACUGGCUUAAGAAGGGGGACACGUCUGGCACUGCAGGAUUUGAGUCCCUGGCGGCGUAGUGUGUUAAUGAUGGUAGGCUUUGUUACUUUCGUCCCAGCUCUCUGCAGGUCAUUCACUAGGUCCCCCCGUGUGGUUGUGAUCAUUUUGACCCCACGGGGUGAGAUCUUGCGUGGAGCCCCAGAUUGAGGGAGAUUAUCAGUGGUCUUGUAUGUCUUCCAUUUCCUAAUAAUUGCUCCCACAGUUGAUUUCUUCAAACCAAGCUGCUUACCUAUUGUCGAUUCAGUCUUCCCAGCCUGAUGCAGGUCUACAAUUUUGUUUCUGGUGUCCUUUGACAGAUCUUUGGUUUUGGCCAUAGUGGAGUUUGGAGUGUGACUGUCUUGAGGUUGUGGACAGGUGUCUUUUAUACUGAUAACAAGUUCAAACAGGUGCCAUUAAUACAGGUAACGUGUGGAGGACAGAGGAGCCUCUUAAAGACGAAGUUACAGGUAUGUGAGAGCCAGAAAUCUUGCUUGUUUGUAGGUGACCAAAUACUUAUUUUCCACCAUAAUCUGCAAAUACAUUCAUUAAAAAUCCUAUAAUGUGAUUUUCUGGAUUUUUUCUUUUCAUUUUGUCUGUCAUAGUUGAAGUGUACCUAUAAUGGAAAUUACAGGCCUCUCUCAUCUUUUUAAAUGGAAGAACUUGCACAAUUGGUGGCUGACUAAAUACUUUUUUGCCCCACUGUAUCUUCCUAUCCACAUGUGGGAUCUCUCCUUUGUCGUCCCCUCUACACCAAUAACAGACAACUACUGUGGGAUCCCUCUUCUUUGUCUUCCUCACUACACCAAUAACAGACAGCUACUGUGGGAUCCCUCUCCUUUGUCGUCCGCUCUACACCAAUAACAGACAACUACUGUGGGUCUCCCAAUCACAGCCGGAUGUGAUACAGCCUGGAUUGGAACCAGGCACUGUAGUGACGCCUCUUGCACUGAGAUGCAGUGACUUAGACCGCUGCGUCUGUGUGUGUGUUUAACUUUUUAACUGUACUAGAAUGCUUAAAAGGCCACAAAAAUUGUAAAUAUCGGUUAUCGGUAUUGUUUUUUGGGGCAAGGAAAAUAUUGGCCAAAAAUGUAAUAUCGGUGCAUCCCUUUACUCUAAAAUUGAUUAUUAUUUUUAAAUCCCCAUCAAUCUUCACACAAUACACCAUAAUGCCAUCACAAUACCCCAUAAUGCCAUCACAAUACCCCUUAAUUCAAAAGCAAAAACAGGUUUAGAUUUUUUGCAAAUUUAUUAAAACUAUUCCCCAGGAUAACUAGUCUGAGUAAUGUAAGAUCCCAGGAUAAAUAGUCUCAGGGUAAUGUAAGAUCCCAGGAUAACUAGUCUCAGAGUAAUGUAAGUUUCAGAUAGUUUAACCCAUUAUAGCCUAAGCCUUGUCUGAGGGGGAGGUCCUUCAAAGCUAUGUGGAAUUGUUUUAAGAAGGUUUAAAUAACACGAAGGGUUUCGCCAGUAUAGUACUGUAGAAACACCCUCCAACAUGAAGGGCUUCCCCAGUACAGUACUGUAGAAACACCCUCCAAUCAUGAAGGGCUUCCCCGGUAUAGUACUGUAGAAACACCCUCCAUCACGAAGGGCUUCCCCGGUAUAGUACUGUAGAAACACCCUCCAACAUGAAGGGCUUCCCCGGUAUAGUACUGUAGAAACACUCUCCAUCAUGAAGGGCUUCCCCGGUAUAGUACUGUAGAACCACCCUCCAUCAUGAAGGGCUUCCCCAGUAUAGUACUGUAGAAACACCCUCCAACAUGAAGGGCUUCCCCGGUAUAGUACUGUUUUAAGGUUAUACCAAGGAUAAUUAGGCUUUCUGAUUUUGAAUUGUAAGACUGAUAGAGGAAUUCUAGAUUCCUAUGUAUUUUGUAGCCAAAACCAAAUUCGCACUCGGUUCUAAUUCAUUAAUGAGGUGUAAGUUCAUUAAUUAUGCAUGAAGUAGAUCGAGACCAGUCUUAAAAGCCAGGUAAACAGCGUUUAAUUCAAGUGAGUACUGCCCCAAAAUACAAAGAACAUUACAUUUUAAAGAGAGAACAUAAAAUGACAUCAUCAGUUUCACACACUCUCUUCCAUCCCCCCAAUAUAUCAGUGUCUACAGGUCAGGAAACCUUCUUCUACUCCCCUCAUAAAAAUACAUUCCACACUGUCUAAAAUAUAUACUUUUCUCCACUAAUGGAACACAACCCAAACAUUCUUAUCUGUCUGAAAAGCUAUCUCAUCUCUCCCCCCUAAACUCUGCAAGGUACAGACAAUUAAUUUGUUUUUACUAACAUUUUCAGUAACAGCUUAACCAAGAGCCCAUACAUUUCAUAUCAUAACAUAAUAGUAUCAGAAUAAAUGGUUUUAAUCAAUACUGUAUACAUAAUUAAUAAUUUCAACUAUAAUUUCCUCUAACAAAGACUCCUUGAAGUAUCAACCAAAAAUAUUCAUAAGUUAAUUUAUGUCAAAUUAUUAGGCCAUACUGCUAUAACCCAUAGUAUUACAUUGGAUAACAUUCACAACAUGGAACAACAGUAACCAUAGUAACACAUUGGAUAACAUUCACAACAUGGAACAAAAGUAACCAUAGUAACAUUGUUUCCCCCAAAACAUCUAAAGGAAGUUUGUUCUGAAGUGUCUGGUUUCCUAAUUAGCAGGGAGGAGUUUCCUACAACCAGAUAUACCACAUCCAUAACUAGUGGGUUCCUCAUUACCAGAUAUACUACAUCCAUAACUAGUGGUUUCCUCAUAACCAGAUAUACUACAUCCAUAACUAAUGGUUUCCUCAUUACCAGAUAUACUACAUCCAUAAAUAGUGGUUUCCUCAUUACCAGAUAUACAACAUCCAUAACUAGUGGUUUCCUCAUUACCAGAUAUACAACAUCCAUAACUAGUGGUUUCCUCAUUACCAGAUAUACUACACCCAUAACUAGUGGUUUCCUCAUUACCAGAUAUACUACACCCAUAACUAGUGGUUUCCUCAUUACCAAAUAUACUACACCCAUAACUAGUGGUUUCCUCAUUACCAGAUAUACUACACCCAUAACUAGUGGUUUCCUCAUUAGUAGAUAUACUACACCCAUAACUAUCGGUUUCCUCAUUAGCAGGGAGGAGUUUCUACAACCAAAUCGCAUUUGCAUCGCCCCCGUGCCGCAAUUUUAUUAAACACAGAAAGGGGCCUAUAUUGGAGACCAAAAGUCGCCUGGCACACCGCUUACAGUUUCAACAACAUUAAUAACUUAUUUCUAGCCUACAAUCCUUGAUGUUACUACUAAUAAGAAAACAAGACAAAAUAUGACUGUUCUUGCUCAUUUUAAGACAAAUGUCAAAUAAUCAUGACAUUCAUUACAGACGUCAAUUGUUGUACAACUUCAUAGCUACGCUGUUGGCAUCACUUUUUACAGUGGAUUUCCACUGUUGUGGACCUUUAACCAUCUGUCUGACUUUGUUGUUCACACAGGAGAGAGACGUGACUAUUGUGGAUCCUCUGGGGAGCCUCAACAACCUCAUGAUGCUGACAAGGCAGAGAAGUUUAUCUCCACAUCAGAACAC